AUGGGUGCAAUACCUGUUGCGUUUGUUGUGUGCGUUGAUGAGGUGGAGUUUGUCCUUAAUGCCGACUCAUUACGGAUGAUGAUGUUCCAAGUCUUGUCCCACGCUUUCUCCGUCACUGGCCCCAUGGACCAGCCCUACCAUGUUUCCAAGGAGGGCUCCGGUCUCUCCGACAAGGCCACCUCAGGCAUCGUGAAUGCUGACGACCUCAGCCACGAGGGCAGGUUCUCCUCCUAA